CAAGCAUGGAGUGGGGCGACGACGACCGAUGGGACCCUCGACGUCCGAGCCCGUCGACGCCCGCGACGUCGCCGCCACGCUCGCGCUCCUCGACAGAUGAGAUGGACUUUGACCGGUUUUACUGCGACGGCUCGUUCCUAAAGCUGCUCCACGAGACGCUGCAGACGCACGUAAGCAAGCUCAAGAAAGGGGCGGUCAAGCUCGCGCUCAAUCCGCAUGGCAUCGCGUACCUCUUUGAGCGGCUACAGACGACGCUAUGUCCCAAGCACGCCCAGGAUGGCAGUGGCCGCAUCGAUGGCUGGACGAUUCGCCGGACGACGUCCAGUGACACGAUGGCGCUCUUCGAGUGCCCGGUCUUGUCGCCUAUGGCGGGCGACGGCGCUUCCGACCUCGACCAAGCGCCCAUCGGCCACCUGGACGUACUCAAACUCUCGACGUUACUGCAGGAAGCCAAGGUGCUCAAAGUCAGCCACGACGCCGCGAGCCAGCGCCGCCCAUGCCCCGACCUGCACCUUGAGAUAUUCUCGGCCAUGACAAGCGUCGAGCUGCGAGAGACGCCGACCGAGACGCUUCCUUCGCUUGCAUGCUUUCCUCGUCAGCUCGAGGUGCUGGAGUACCAUGGCAGCCCUCUUACAAGCCUCAUGGAGCUGCUCUUGCACAAGUCAUGGCCGUGCUUGCAUACGCUCAAGGUGUGCCAUGCAGCCUUGCCGUCGUGGCACGCGGACCUCGACACGUUCUUACCGGCCCUCGCGCACGUUGACUGCAGCGGGAACGCACUGACGUCGAUCGACGACCUCAUGGCGUCGACGUCCUUGCUCUCGGCGCGCUUCUCGCACAACGCACUCGCUUCCUUCUCACUGCGCAGCAGCUACACGGCGCUCACUGCACUCUGGCUCGACCACAAUCACCUGACGUCGCUUGAGGCGCUGCCGACGACCCGUUUACCCGCAUUGCAGAUCCUCGAUCUGUCGUUUAACGCGUUGGCCAACGUGGACGCCAUCGCAUGUCUCGCAUCGCUGCGGCUCGACGAACUCUACUUGCGCGGGAACCCGCUCGCGACGUACCCCGACUACCGCCGACAAGUGCUGUUUCAUGUCGGGCCGCGCGUCGAACUGGACGGGGCGCCGUGGACGUCGACCGAGCUCGAGAGCAUGCGCUACUCGCGCCAGCACGGGCCAACGACGCGCACCGAUGCGCUUGGGUACCCGCUCUUGCCGACGACCUUGGGGCUUCGCUUGCGGCCUCGACCGGCUGCGAUUGAAGACACGUUUGUGCUGGCGCCAUUGCCACGACCAGUAGCGAAAGCGGCGGCCCGUCCCCGCGUUGAGAGCGGAUGGAGCGACAACAGCGUUGUCUCGAGCGUCGACGACUUUGUCGUCGAGACACCGACGCACCGCGCGCGUGCCCGUAGCUACUACGUCGAUGAGUUUCUGCGUGAUUUAGCGGCCGAAGAAGACGGCAGUGACGACGACGACGAGGAUGAUGUGGAUGCGACUGGGAGCGACGAUGAGAUGGCGAUGCAGCGGCCGGUCGCCUCCAAGAUGGGUCUGGACGUGCGUCUCUUCCUCUCGCUCGACGAAGCUGACGCGUUGGACUUGCCAGCGAGUCAAGAAGGGCUGCCGGCCACGAUCCACCUUCACGCAUCAAAAGUACUGGAAGAAGUCGACUCGGGGCAUGUGCUUGCGCGGCCGCUUGCAAGUCUGCGCUGCGUCGCCGUCACAGACGCGUCAUCGCCGCUUGUCAAGCUCGGGUUCCGCGGCCUCCCAUCGGUCGCCUACGAGGUGAGUGCCAAUGACGUCGCAGCGGUUGUUGGGCCGCUGCAGCAACUGCUCUGUCGCAAAGCUGUCUUGGGCACGAUCUGCCACAGCUGCAAGGCGUUCGCAGUCUUGCGCGAACCCAAAAAGCGUGCUGCGGCGAGCGUCCUCCACGUUCGAAAGUGCUGGGUCUGCCGCAGCCCCAACGUCCGCGAAUGCUCGCGGGACCAGCUAAGCGCGCGUCUCGGGGCCUAUGGCGGCCGGCUCGAGAAGGCGGCCCCUGUCGCUCAAGAGAUCCAUGCUGGCUUUGUCCUAACCCCCGAGUUUGACGAUGCGAGUUUGUUGCAUGACGACGACGACGACGAGAUCGUCUUGGUUGUCACGAAUGCAUGGAUCAAGGACGUCAAGCUCACAUGGCGCGAGGACGAAGAUGACGCAAGGCUCGAGGCGUGGCGACGGCUGUGCCACCGCACCCCGCGAUUGCACCCCAAGGACGACCAGCUAGGAUAGCCUGCUGCCAUGACGUCACCAAUGUUCAAAGCAUAUGCAGAAAUACAGUAUUGGUGAGCAUGCAAAA